GCGUGGAUCGUGGCACUCACUGGAAGCAACCUCAUUCCGCAGCAUCAGCAGUGUUUCGAAGACAGCCAUCUUCCCGAACAGGUGGCUUCGAAGCCUUCCGCAGAAUGGCCAGAGCAAAAGGCGCGAUGACCGAGUUGAGCUCCGAGGACACGCCGAUGCAAAAUUUCUUCCGCGGAAAAUCAGUAUUCAUCACCGGGGCUUCUGGCUUCCUCGGUAAAGUUCUUUUGGAAAAAAUCGUUCGGUCUUGCCAUGGAGUCGACAAGGUGUACUGUCUCAUCCGGAAGAAGGACGGCGAGGAUUCUCAGCAGCGCUUGCAGAAAGUGUUCGAAGCUCCGAUCUUCGACUCGAGCCGGAACAAACUACACAAGGUUGUAGCCGUGGAUGGUGACAUUUUAGCCGAAGGACUCGGGCUGUCGGACGAAGAUAGACAGAUGCUGGUGGAAAAUGUGCAAAUCGUCUUUCACUCGGCCGCCUCGGUUCGAUUCGACGAACCUCUGCGGAAAGCGAUCGAUAUCAACGUGCUUGGCACCCGAAGAGUCGUCGAGCUCUGUCAUGAGCUCAGGAAUUGCGCCGCUUUCGUGCACGUUUCAACUGCGUACUGCUUCUGCAACAGGAACUUCGUUGGAGAGACUAUCUAUGAGGAGAAGAUCCCCUAUCAGAAGGUGAUCGAUGCUUCAGAAUGGAUGAACGAAGACACUUCGAAGAAAUGUCUCACUGACAUCAUGGAUAACCGUCCGACGACCUACCACUACACGAAAGCUCUCGCUGAACGACUCUUGCUCGAAGAAGGCAAAGGUUUGCCAAUUGUGAUAAUCAGACCCUCGAUCGUGACCGCGUCGUGGCGAGAGCCGCUGCCCGGCUGGGUUGACAACUACAACGGACCUGCAGGAUUCGUUAUAGCGACUGGCAAGGGUGUGAUGCGUACGAUGUACAUCCGACCGGACAGCGUUGCCGAUGUAUAUCCAGUGGAUCUGGUCUCCCGAAUGAUGGUGACAUCCGCUUACUACUGCUCUCUGCAAGAGUUCGUGUCUCCGUACAUCAUCAACUGCACCACGGGUCCACUGAGACAGCUCACAUGGAGGCAGAUCUUCGAAUACGCGAAGCCCUUGGUAAUUUCCAAUCCAUCAAUGGAAAUCCUGCGAUAUCCCGGCGGUUCAUUCAAGGAGUCGAAGAUCGCGAACUAUAUCGCAAUGUUCUUCGACCACACCAUACCCGGAUUCAUCGUGGAUUCGAUUGCUGUACUCUUCGGAAGGAAACCAUUGCCCCCCCGGCAACGCCUCGGUGAAGUUUAUGGGAAAAUUCAUCGUGCGAUGCACAUUCUCGAGUACUUCACCACUCACGAGUGGGAGUUCUCGAUUGACAACCUGAACAAGUUGCUCACGAAGAUCGAGCACCCCAAGGACAAAGCAGACUUCGACUUCGAUAUCAGACCAAUCGAUUGGCUGCCAUUCUUGGAGAGUUAUAUCCUCGGCGUUCGGAAGUAUGUCCUGAAAGAGGACCCCUCUACCUUGCCGGCCGCCCGUAGAAAUCUCAACAGGAUCUGGUGGAUAGGAACGGUGAUGCAAAUGACCGUGCUGGCUGGGACUUUGCGACUCAUGAUGAGAUACUCGACUAAAUUCAAUCGUUUCACCUGGGACAUUCUAUCGAGGCUCAUCGGAUACUAUAUCCAACUACGCGUCGCUCUCAAAUCGAGGAAGAGCAUCAAGUAACGGGCGCAAUGGUUUGUUUGUUUGUUGGUAUAUUAAUAAAAGGGCAACGUUC